AGUAGAGGAGACGCAGAGAUGGUGGUGGUGGUGCAGAGGAAGCAAGAAGCGAUCGAGAAGAGAACGAGGACAUGAAAGAAUGAAAGAAGGAAGGGAGGGAGGGAGGGAGGGAGGGAUGAGGAAUGAACGAGGACAGAGUAGGCGGUAGUUGAUGAUGGUGGUGACAGAGUGCCAGAUCCGCAGAUAUUGUCGUCUGAGCAGCAGGAGGCCGGAGGCUGGAGGGAGGAGGGUGGAGGAGGAGGAGGAGGGCCGGGAGGGCAGGGCAGGCAGGAGUCCUUGAACCGAUCGAGUCUGCUGCGAGGGAUCGGCGCUCUUUGAUUAUCAUGUAACAAUCAAUCAAUCAAGUUAGUGAGCGAGCGAGCGAGAGAGACGGGUUCGGUGUACAUUUCGGGCUGGCGUGGAGAGAGGAAGGAGACGUAGGGUAGAUUGGAUAUAUUGGGGUUAGAAGGCUUUCCUCGUUUCCUCAUCUUCAUGAUGAGGAGGAGGAGGAGCAGGUGCAGGAGCCAGGCAGUAGAAGAGUGGAGCUUGUUUCCUGUAUCAUGUAACAAGGAGAAUCAGCUACUCUGAAAUGUGCUCUUGGAGAUAUAAUUGCGUCAAAAUAGCCUGAAAUUAUCAGGGCUCAUCAUGUGGUUCUGGAAAACUAGGGAGCGAUUCUCCUUGGAUGAGCUCAAAUAUCUCAACGAACAGCUGCAGAGGGUUACUGUCGUUAAUGACUCGAAUAAGGACUUCGUCAUUGAAACUUUACGGUCUAUUGCGGAACAUAUGAUUUGGGGUGAUCAACAUGAUCCCACCUUCUUUGAUUACUUUAUGGAGAAGCAGGUGAUGGCACACUUUUUACGAAUCCUGAACGAUAGCAACAAAAAUAGCAGUGUCGCUGUGCAAUUACUUCAGACCCUAAGUAUCAUCAUUGGAAAUAUUCGGAGCGAGCAUGCUAUCUAUUAUUUAUUCAGCAAUGAGUACAUCAACAACCUCAUAACUUAUCCUUUUGAUUUUCGACAUGAGGAAACUCUUGCUUACUACAUAUCCUUUUUAAGAACGAUCAGCAUCAAACUUGACCAGAACACUGUAUCCUUCUUCAUCAAGACCAAAAAUGUAUCGAAAAUCGCAUCGCUCAAGGACGAGGUUAUCUCAUUCCCUUUGUAUAGUGAAGCCAUUAAAUUUUUUCAUCAUGAAGAGAGUAUGGUGCGGAUUGCAGUUCGGACUCUCACUCUCAAUGUCUACAACGUGGAUGAUGAAUGUAUUCAAAAGUUCGUCAUGAGCGCGCCGGUUGUGAGCUAUUUUUCUGAUCUUGUGACAUUCCUUAGGCAGCAGAGCAUCAAUCUUGAUGGUCUAGUUGCUGAAGCUGCAAGGGCUCCACAGUCUGCCCCGACGAUUGGCCGAUUGGAAGCAGCCAUUGCGGAGAUUGGGGACCUGCUCUUCUACUGUAACGACAUAAUGUGUUCUGGAAUCCCAAAGCUGAAUGAGCUCAUGAGCAAGCAUAUAGCAAAUUUGCUGGUUUUACCAGUGCUUAUUCCCUCUCUGUGCCCUGUCGUCGAUACUGCCGCCGCUACCGGGGGUUUGCAUGUCAGCCCACUCUGCUCUAUGUACUUGCUAUCUCGGUUGACACAUAUAGUGAAGCGGAAACCACUGGUAAAUUACAUUAGUGCUGGUCUUCUUCAAAAUCCUCAACCAGCGCCUACUGUAGCCAAAGAGAAUGGUGUUGGACCGAGUAAAGAUUCAACCUUGAGUUCAAAUCUUCCUGUGAUCGUCAAUCAAGAGGACGGGAGCAGUCGGCCUUCUCCUACCUUGAAGGAGGCAAGAAGCCUAAGGGCAGAAGACAACGUGAAGAAGGAAGAGAAUGCAUCUCCUGAAAGCGAGUCGUGGAAUGAAAAGCGUAGGCUAUCUCAGUUAAAUGACUGCGAGUCACCAAUUGAGAGUCCUAGAGAAUCUCUGCUCUCACAUCUCCUUCAUAAUGAUGACAAGCUGGUCUUGGCGUCUCUUUGUGUGCUCGUUUCACUUUUACAAAAUGAAGCUUUGGAUGACAUGCUGCUGGAUGCUCUAGGAAUUCUUCCAAGGCGGAAGCGACAUAAACAUAUGCUACUGCAAGCUUUGAUGGGCAGCCAAUCAGAGGAGGAGCCAGAAUUGUUCUCCGACCCUCCAGAACACUUUGAUGAUGAAGUUUCUCUGGGGAUACGGAACUUUAAAAUUACCGACUUUGUGGACUUCGUGAAUGUGCAACCCAAAUCUAGUCCUGAUGCUGGUGGUGGGGAUGGUCCCGGAAUAAAAACAAAACAUAGGAGCGAGGUGCUAGAUGCAUUGAUGCAGCUCCUUUGCCGCCGACCGCCCCCAUGUGCUGAGGCUCUCUGGCAUGCGGGGUGGCUACUUCGACAAUUGUUGCCAUAUCAUGAACACAAAUUAAGCAUCUACCGACUUACACUCCUUGAUAGUGCCUAUAAAGCUGCCCGUGACGACAUCAUUAAGGAGCUGACAGAUUGCUGGUGCGAUGUUAUUCCUUCUGUCGUCACUGAGGAAUGGAGAGUCUGUAGAAAGGCUUUGGAAUCUCCAUCUCUUCAGAGAGAUUCUUCGUUUGUGUUACUUCCAAGGACACUUGACUCGCACGCCGAAGGUGAUGUGUCUUCGUCAGUUGUAGGAGAGAGAAUGCGUGCAGCUGUUAAGGUUUUUGUUGCACUCCACCAAAUGCAGCAUCUUCUAUCAGAAGGGACAUGGCCAGAGUUUCCAGUUUUGGCGGAUCCUAAAGAGGAGCCCAGAAAUCUUCUCAUUCGAGUAGGAUUAAAGCUUUCAACAGUCAGUGUUGGUACUGAAGUUGACUUAUUUGAAGGAAAUGCAAUGCCUUGUCGGGUAGCGUUCGAGAGGGGUAAAGAACGGUCAGUGUAUUUACUGGUGGCGCAUAAAGAAAGGGAUGCAGCAAGCUGGUUGCUACUUGCUGAGGAUACACCCUCGAGAAAUGGUCAUGGGAUAGUUCGGGUUAUUGCUCCCCUUGCAGGUUCCAAGCCAAGGGUCGAUGAUGACCAUCCUCGUUGGUUGCAUCUUCGAAUACGUUCACCCCACUGGCCAUCCGCUGAUGCAGGGAAGCUUGGAACAGGUGGGUCUCGUGUGAAGCGUUUAGUGGAUGGAAGAUGGACCCUUGCCUUCUCUGAUGAAGAGAGCUGUAAAAAUGCCAGAGUGUCGGUGACAGAAAUGAUCGAAACUCAAAGCAAGCUGGUAAAGCAGGUCUUGGCUCCGCUACUCGAUCCGACCCCGGCCCAAAAGAGCCUUGAAGAAUUAGCGAAUGAGAGCCAUAUAUCCAAUUCGUGAUGGCCUGCUCUGCCCUGUUAGUUCUUUCUGUCCUCCUUUCUUUGUUGCCUGCCUUCCACUUUUUGGGUAAGCGGAGCCCUAUUUUAGGACUAGGUUGUCCGUCAUGCAUCCCUCUGGUUAUUAUGACUGAAAUUUGCCCACAAAAUAGGAAAUGCUUUCAUGAGGAGAAGGCACGAAGACGAUUGUUUCAGUCAUGAUAUCCUUGUAAAAUAGCAUUCGCAAGAUGACCUCGAUUGGCUUUCAUGUUGUUUGGCUCUAAAAAGCUGGUCCUGUGUUAGUCAGCAGCAAAAGACAGGUGAACCUGUUGUUGGAGAUAAUGUUCCUCAUAUUCAUAGCGAGCUUUGUAAUUUCAAGGCUCAUUGUAAUAAAACGGAAAAGAUCAUGUAUCUGAGUCGACGCAACUCAU